AUGAUGAAAAAAAAUAAUUCUGCAAAAAGGGGGCCACAGGAUGGAAACCAGCAAUCCAUGCAGCCAGAGAAGGUCGGCUGGGUUCGGAAAUUUUGCGGGAAAGGCAUUUUUAGGGAAAUCUGGAAAAACCGUUAUGUGGUUUUGAAGGGAGAUCAGCUUUAUAUCUCAGAGAAAGAGGUCAAAGAUGAAAAAAACAUCCAGGAAGUGUUUGACCUGAGUGAUUAUGAGAAAUGCGAAGAGCUCAGGAAGUCCAAAAGCAGAAGCAAAAAGAACCACAGCAAGUUCACGCUAGCACACUCCAAACAGCCUGGAAACACGGCACCAAAUCUGAUCUUCCUGGCUGUCAGUCCGGAGGAGAAAGAGUCCUGGAUCAACGCCCUCAACUCCGCCAUCACCCGAGCCAAAAACCGCAUCUUAGAUGAGGUGACUGUUGAGGAGGACAGCUACCUCGCCCAUCCGACCCGCGACAGAGCGAAAAUCCAGCACUCCAGACGGCCUCCGACACGGGGACACUUGAUGGCUGUGGCAUCUACCUCAACGUCGGAUGGCAUGCUGACACUGGACCUCAUCCAAGAGGAAGACGCCUCUCCCGAGGACCACGGGACCUGUGAAGAGAGCUUCCGGGUAGAUCUGGAUAAGUCCGUGGCGCACCUCGCUGCUGGCCGGCGCCGGUCGGAUUCGGAGAACGUCAAGUCCUCGGAGAAAGGCCGGUCAGUGAGCCUGCCGAGACGGGAGGCGAUCUCGUGGGACAAAACUGGGAAACGCAAUGACGCCUUCGAGAAAGGGACCAUGUACACCCCGCAGGUCCCCAAAAAGCUCUCGCACUCGGAAAAGAACAAAUGUGCCUCCAUGGAGGAGAUUUUGUCUCGCCGGGACUCUUCUGCGCACCGGGCAGUGCUGAGGAAGGGGCUGGAAGCUCAGUUUGCUUCGGGGGAGCCCGAGCAGCUGGCCCGGAUACAGGAACUGGUUGCACUGAAACUGGAAAAAACUCAGGAACUGCUGGCGGAGGUGAAGGGCUAUGGGGAAGGGAAGCGAAAGACAAAAGAUUUCGCCGCUGCUGCCACCACCACCUCUUCCUCUUCCAAGUCGGACUCUGAGAGCAUCUUGCAGGAGACGCAGAGGUUGCUGGGCGAGGCCUCCUCCACCUGGAGCCAGGCCAAGAAGGUGUUACAGGAGAUUAAAGAGCUAAGGGACCUGUACAAACAGUUAGAACUGCAGCCGUCGGACCCUAAACCCAAACAGAUCUCACAGUCUCAGUACAGGAAGAGCAUGAUGUGA